CUCCUUUUUUUUCUGAAAAUUUUUGUACGAAAGUCGUAAUAGUAGCCCCUUCAUAAUACAAGCCCCCCCUAAAAAUUUUGAACACUUGGACAGUUUAGAAGCCCCGGAGGCUUCUAUUAUGGGGGGGUUUUAGUUUUAUUUUUUUCAAAAAUUUUAUAUUUUGUCACAUAUUUAUGAUUAAGGGUUUAUUCAUGAUUCCAUAUGGGCAAUUAAAAUUUUUUUAUUGGGGAGAGCGCGGGGAGUUCUGACACACCUGCGUCCCAGCGGUUCCGACGGUAUAGAAAAAUCUAAGAAACUUAUCUUGUUUUUCAAUAUAUUUAUUGCUGUGAGUAAUACAAAGCAGCUUUCUGGCGUUUUUGGGACGUUUAAACUACCAAAAGUAUAACUGUACACUAAAAAUAAGGUACUUAAUGUAUUAUCCAUUUCAAUGAACGGUGAACUUCGAUGCUUUUUUUAAUAACUUUUGAACGACAAGAGCUAGAGUUCUCCGGUUUUUUGUUUCUUAAAUUAGACACCGAGGCACACAGAACUAUGAAGUAACGAAGCUUCCAGAACAGGUCUACUAUGGUAUACCUUUCAAAGGAAAACGUCCGAGCUCGCCGUUCGUAGACUGCAUAGUGAGCCGAGCUCAAAAUUUGUCUGUUAUAUAGAAGAGACUUCCUUCUUUACAAUGACAUGAGUCCUAGAACUCCAUCUAUCAUAGUUCGUACACCACAGGCAAUCGCCGAGGACCUACCUGUCCGCCAAACCUCGCGCAAAAAUUCAUUGUUCUAAACAGUUAUCCGCAUGUAGCGCAUGUAGUCAAAGAAAGAAAGAACGAAAGCAGAAAAAGUCUUAGUGCUUUCAUUACCCACAGAUAUUGUUUAGACGUUGUUUGGGACAUAUGUGUCCCUGUGGUAGUGAAAGGGUUAAUCUAUGACAAGACCUUUUUUUCUUCUGGAAAUAAAUAAUUAGCGAAUGAAUCAGAUUUUUGUAAGUUUAAAGUUGUUUUAUCUGUCAGAUGUUUUUAUUAAUAAAAUAAUGAUUUUAUUUUGAGAUAAUUACAAUAAUGUCAAUUAGGUCAUUGCUUUAUACUGGAUUUUUAAUAUCAAUUAUUGAGUCAGCUCAUUUUAAUGGCGGUUCGGUGACUUUUCGACCAUUGAAUAGUUCAGCAACUGGUAGUACAGUGUCAAUAUUAAUUACACAAACUUAUAUAUGGACUUAUCCAAUAAUAUACUGUGAUAAUUCUAUAAUUGCAUCACAAACGUUUGUAAACUUGUCAUCUACUUAUCCUGGCUAUUCAUUAACCUGUAUAUCAAGUUGCACUACAGCCAUUGGCUACAGUCCACUAUCGGUUUAUUCUCCUUGUACUGAUUUUAGUGAUCCAUUAGAACUUACCAUUGGACAGCGUUCGGAUGUUGUUGCUCUCCAAUCGACUGAUCACUUUACUAUUGCAUUUCAAAAUGACGCAUGGUAUCAUUUAGCUUUACCUGCUACUCCAGUAAAUCCGUCUUGGAGUCUAGCUUGUACCAUUAAACUUCUUGUACGACCAGAUGGAACAAUAAAUACAUCACCAGAGGCCGUAAUGGUAUCUCCCAUAAAUAUACCAGUUGGAAUCACUCAGUAUGUAGUAAUCCCGGUGUCAGAUGCCGAUAAUGAUAAUGUAAGAUGUCGAUUUGCAAAUGGUUCAAAUGAAUGUGGUGACGUUUGUCCGCCAGGUUCUUUACCUAGUUCAACUACAAUAUUAUCAAAUUGCACUUUGGUGAUUAAAGGACUGACUGCUAAUGUUUACUAUGCGGUCACAAUACAGGUCGAAGAUUAUUGGAAUACAACGACGACAACUCCGUUUAGUUCUGUGCCUGUACAAUUUUUAAUCUAUGUUGUCUCACCACCAGGAUGCCAACUACCAGUGGUGUACAGCACAUUUAACACUGGUUCAUGUAUUGUUGUGCAAAUCGUACAACAUCGACUACGAGUACCACAUCGACUACGAGUACCACAUCGACUUCGAGUACCACAUCGACUUCGAGUACCACAUCGACUACGAGUACCACAUCGACAACAAGUACAACAUCUACGUCCAUCGGUAACGUCAACAAGCACAACUAGCACAACAAGUACUUCAACGGCAACAACAACGACUCCACCACUAACCCAGAGAGAUGGUAUAAAUUUAGCACUGUUACUUGGAUUAUUAUUACCAUUACUUGCUUUAUUAGCAUUAUGCUGCUGUUGUUAUUAUUGUUGUUGUUAUAAAGCGUAUUGGAGUUCACGGAAGUUGCGAAUAGAAAAUGAUGAAAACAAUGCUUACUAUCGAAAACAGUAUAUUAAUGAGAGUCACGAUGAUGAAAAUAGUGGUAAACCGUUACAAAUGAAAUCACCUGAUGACUCAUUAGUAUCUGUCUCUUCAUCUCCGUUUGAACUAAGUAAUGCUGAAACAACAUACUUAACUUUCGGCACGCCUUCAAUACUUAAUAAACAUUAUACUAACAAAAUAAACAAGAAUUUAGAUAAUGGUUCUGAAACAACACAAACAAGACUGUUAUCACCGUCAACAUUGAGUUGGAAUUAUACUGAGAAUCCCACUCCAAAAGAUUUAUCAUACAUUAGUACCCCAUUGUCAACAUCAAUACUCUACAAUAGUCCUCCGCGUCAAAGUUCAAGAUCACCACAUGUACAAUGCAACAGUUCUGUGUUAGCUCUUGCUUAUUCGGCGCAGUGUACGGGGGAUGUUCCAUUAAAUUCUUCGAUAUUAGAUCAUGCAUAUUCCCAACAACAAAGGAAAAGCGUUAUGGACAAAGAAACAAAAAUGGCAUGGUAG